AUGAAGUUCUGGGUGGCUGAAAUUCACGAGAUCGUCAAAAACACCAUUUUACACUUUUCCGAGCUACGUGUGAAAUGUGGUGACCUGAAUGACGCCCUCAAACAGCUGGACCUCACCGCCACUCCGCACAAGAUCAAGUCGACUCCUUCAAAACGACGGUCUUUCAUCGAUCUGCUUGAAUUGAGGGACAAACUGAUGCGUACUUCAACAGAACACAAGAAAAACGGCUCGCAUGUGUCAGUUGCAAGUGAGGACGCACAAGCACAAGCGAUGGUAGCGUCGUUUUGUGGGCGGAGUUUCGAUGACUGUGAAACGGACGAGAUUGCUCAACGGAUCAGGCGAGCAACAGCAAAUAUCAACGUGGAAAUCGAGACGUUGAUGGAAUUUUUAACGCACAAGGGUGCCAUUUCUUAG